GCCACAAAUGCAGGCAGCAACUGAUCAAACAGCGUUCGUCAAUCUUUUAUUCUCGUGAUUAUUUAAAAUUGGAAACACUGCUCUGAGAAUAAUUAUAGUGUUCUGUUUGUCAGGGAAUCAUUCUCUCACCAAAUUUCAAAAGUUUUCGUUCUGAUCUUUGUAAGUCAAAAAUUUUGGGAAAAAUUCAACAGUUAGCUACUAGUUUUGUUCACUUACACAAGGUUCGCAGAUAAGAGCUGAUGAUGCUGAUGAUACAGAGUUGCUGGUUUAUGUCACUGAUUGUACUCAGUUUCUGCACUGCAUCAAUUUGUUCCACCUCUGGGGCAAACAAAGUCGGGAAUCUGAACUAUGGGGAUACUGAAUGUCUUACUAUAAGGUUCUACGCAAGUAUCAAAGGUAUACCGGUGGACUCUAUCAUCACGCCCUAUCCACCUCUCACCCUUCAAGAAAUAAACCAAAAAUUGGCAUCUUACCCCGGAAAUGGUUUGUUAUUGAAGUUGAAAAAUGAAGCACAGAAUGCCGAGAAUCAAUGUUUGCUAAUCGCUGAGCUUCGCAACAUGUUGGCAGAUAAGGAUCUAAUUCUACCAGGUCUCCUACUCAGUGAGACUACAAGUCGCGGCUGGAAUAGAGAAGGGUUGAAGAGAGUAUUUGAUGAAUCGUCGCGUAAUCAUAUUUAUGAAGAUUUCAAAUUGGAUGAUGAUAAUAAGUACAUUUCAUCUGAAGAUUUAGCAAAAUACAUAGUGAAAGGUGUCAGAUACUCUUAGAAAUGUAUCAUUGACAGCAAUCAACUUAAGAUGAUUGCAAACCAAUUUUGAAUAAAAACUGUUCAUCAUGAGGCAGUAUCAUAAAUGUUCAUGUGGUCCUCCUUCCAAAUUUGAAUAAAUUAUUUCAACUUCA